GCUCAGCGUGGCGCUGCCGCAGCGCGGCCAGCUCUGCCUCGAGCGCGCGGUUCUGCGUCUCCAGCUGAUGCACCUUCUCGAUGAACACAGCGAAGCGGUCGUUGAGGCCCUGCAGCUGCUCCUUCUCGUUUGUGCGGAUGAUCUUGUACUCGUUGGUGCGCGCCGCCGCCUGGCUCAGGUCCAGCCCGUCGGACGCCGGAGGCCGGCGGUAGGCCAGGCCCAGGCCGAGCGAAGUGACCGAGGAGCAGGCUGCCGAGGAAGCCACAUUGCAGCGGGACAACGACUGGGAGCGGUAGCUGCCCGCGCCGCCAGCCCCAGAAAGGCGCGAAGACAGACGAGAGCUGUCUCCGAACACCUUGCGGUAGGAGGAGGGGCCGCACAGGUAGUGCUCCGAGCCGAAGCUCAUGGUGCCGGGACCAGGGCCGGGAAAACGACUGCGGCGGUAGAUACAAAGGAGAGCAGAGAAUUCGGCAUACCAUUAAAAUGACAACCUCCUGGAGUGACCGGUUACAGAAUGCAGCAGAUCUGCCUGCUAACAUGGAUAAGCAGGCCUUGAAAAAGUAUCGGCGAGAAGCCUAUCAUCGGGUGUUUGUGAACCGAAGUUUAGCCAUGGAGAAAAUAAAGUGUUUUGGUUUUGACAUGGAUUAUACACUUGCUGUGUACAAGUCCCCGGAGUACGAGUCCCUUGGCUUUGAGCUCACUGUGGAGAGACUAGUUUCUAUUGGCUAUCCUCAGGAGCUGCUCAGCUUUGCCUAUGAUUCUACAUUCCCAACCAGGGGACUUGUCUUUGAUACGUUAUAUGGAAAUCUUUUGAAAGUUGAUGCCUAUGGAAACCUCUUGGUCUGCGCACAUGGAUUUAACUUCAUAAGGGGACCAGAAACUAGAGAGCAGUAUCCAAAUAAAUUCAUCCAACGAGAUGACACUGAAAGAUUUUACAUUCUGAAUACACUAUUCAACCUACCAGAGACCUACCUGUUGGCCUGCCUAGUAGAUUUUUUUACUAAUUGUCCCAGAUAUACCAGCUGCGAGACAGGCUUUAAAGACGGGGACCUCUUCAUGUCUUACCGCAGCAUGUUCCAGGACGUGAGGGACGCCGUGGACUGGGUUCAUUACAAGGGCUCCCUGAAGGAAAAGACAGUUGAAAAUCUUGAGAAAUAUGUCGUCAAAGAUGGAAAACUGCCUUUGCUUCUGAGCCGGAUGAAGGAAGUAGGGAAAGUAUUUCUUGCCACCAACAGUGACUAUAAAUAUACAGAUAAAAUUAUGACUUACCUGUUUGAUUUCCCACAUGGCCCCAAGCCUGGGAGCUCCCAUCGGCCGUGGCAGUCUUACUUCGACCUGAUCCUGGUGGAUGCACGCAAACCGCUUUUCUUCGGAGAGGGCACUGUGCUGCGUCAAGUGGACACUAAAACUGGCAAGCUGAAAAUCGGCACCUACACAGGCCCUUUACAGCAUGGCAUCGUGUACUCAGGAGGUUCAUCUGAUACAAUAUGUGAUCUGUUGGGAGCCAAGGGCAAGGAUAUUUUGUAUAUUGGAGAUCACAUUUUUGGGGACAUUUUAAAAUCAAAGAAACGACAAGGGUGGCGAACUUUCUUGGUGAUUCCUGAGCUUGCACAGGAGCUUCACGUCUGGACUGAUAAGAGCUCACUUUUUGAAGAACUUCAGAGCUUGGAUAUUUUCUUGGCUGAACUCUACAAGCACCUGGACAGCAGCAGCAAUGAGCGCCCCGACAUCAGCUCCAUCCAGAGGCGCAUUAAGAAAGUGACUCAUGACAUGGACAUGUGCUAUGGGAUGAUGGGGAGCCUGUUCCGCAGUGGCUCCCGGCAGACCCUCUUUGCCAGCCAGGUGAUGCGCUAUGCCGACCUCUACGCAGCCUCUUUCAUCAACCUGCUCUACUACCCCUUCAGCUACCUCUUCAGGGCGGCCCACGUCUUGAUGCCUCACGAGUCCACGGUGGAGCACACGCACGUGGACAUCAACGAGGUGGAGUCCCCCCUCGCCACCCGGAACCGCACUUCGGUGGAUUUUAAAGAUACUGACUACAAGCGGCACCAGUUGACACGGUCGAUUAGUGAGAUUAAACCCCCCAACCUCUUCCCGCUGGCCCCCCAGGAAAUCACACACUGCCAUGAUGAAGACGAUGAUGAGGAGGAGGAAGAAGAAUAAGGAAGAAAACCAAAACCCUGAGCACCCAUUAAACACGUCCUGGCAGGACUCACAGGAGCAGACCAUGUCCCUGUCUGGGUUCUGGCGGGAGGGGGGCACUGCAUUAAAGGUGUUAUCUGAAAAGUUUCUGAAGACCUUAAGACGUUCUAACCGUAGGGAGGUACUUGUUUUAGUUCCGUGUGUCUGCACUCUGCACCGGUGGUUCCGAGUUGUCAUGGAAUCCGCACCGGGAGAAGCAACGGUAGCGCCGGCUGAGCUGCGUGCAGGCGGCUCUGGCGUGGCUUGUGGCCCUGUCUCACCAUUGGUGUGCUGGGGGGUCUGCAGUGGAAGGAGGAGGGUGGAGAGGGGACCCCCAAGUGCUGUUUUGUUACAAACUGUGCUCUUCCUCCCAAACCCAUCUUUUCAGUGCGUCACGUAGCUCUGGGCGUCACUGGAGAAACACAUGGUUUCCAUGAUCAGACGUGUCUUCUGCCAGGUUCCUUUUACAAGCUUCUGUCUCAGUGUCCUCAGCGACUGGUGAGGCUGUGGUCUGCCGCCGGCUUUGCGAAAGUGUCCUCUGCUUGCUGCGUAGCUGAUCUGGAGUGCACUGCACGAUUUCAUUUUGAGGCAGAAGUCUUCAUCUGUUUCUACAUUUCUGUAAUUGAUACCAAAAAUGUCCCCCUCUCUCCUCCAACAA